GCACCUCUGACUUUGAUCACGGUAUUCAAGACGAUGACCUCGGUCCAGACGUCAUGGACAACGAAAGCCUCCGCAAGACCUCUUUUCUCCUUCUCCUUCCCCAUGAGAUACACCGAUUCGGCUUUAGCAUUGAGAAAUGGAGUGUGUUGACACUUCCAGGCCAUAUUUAUUUCUUAAAAUCUCAUACUAAUUGUGAUCAGCACUCUACAGGGGCACUUCAAGUCGAGCGGAUUCGCGACAUAGAUUGGAAUGAAAUGGCUUCGAACGACUCGUCGUACAACAUCAUAAAAAAGCACUAAUUAAGCCCCAGUCACAGUGCACACCAGGUUUUCCAAGUCAUCCGACGUCAUAGAGGGCAAAGGCAACGCCCUGAUCAUGCUUCUCCACGGCGGCCCGGGUACUGGAAAGACACUUACCGCUGAGUCCGUGGCCGAGCUUACCAAAAAGCCUCUAUACCGAGUAACAUGGGGAGAUAUCGGAACCAAUGCUGACGAGAUCGAACGGUAUCUCGAGACCGUGCUGCUCAUCGGUACAAUCUGGGGUUGUGUAGUUCUUCUAGAUGAAGCGGUUGUAUUCCUCGAGGAACCACGCGAGACAGAUUUGCAACCCAAUGCGCUUGUUUCGGUCUUCCGGCGUGUUCUAGAGUACUACUAUGAAAUUCCCAUACUGACGUCCAACCAUAUCGGGGACCUUUGACGCUGCGUUCAUAUCUCGAUUCCAGCUCGCGGUGCACUAUCCCCCGUUGGACUUGAAGGCCCAUAUGAGAUUUGGCUGAACUUCAUUAAUGGGCUCAGCAAGACAAAUCCCGAUGUGAAUAUCGAUGACUUGAAAAAUCAUCUCGUUGUGCUGGCUGCUGACUGCCUCAACGGACGACAGAUUAGGAAUACUGUGCGGACGGCGCUUCAGCUGGCUUCCUUUUGGGAGGAGACGCUGGACUAUCGGCAUUUUGAGGGUCAUUGUGGUAAAUAAAUUUGAGAAAGACUUAGGAUUAGCGAGCAACCAAAACGAUUCCUUUAUUUUUUUUAAUCCUUUGUGUUGUGAUCUCAGGGGAAAGA